GCGAAGCGUUGAAAGAUGGCGGCGGACGACUUUCGAGACGUGCUGCUCGAGCUCGAGCGGCUCGAAUCGGAGGACAAGCACAUCAGGAAACGGGCGCUGGAAAAUAUCUGCUCAGCCGUGAACGCGAUGCACGGCGACCUGCCCGAAAACAAGCGCAAGGUGCUCGUGUCGGUCGUCAUCCGUCCCGUAAUCGGCGCGCUCACCGACCCCACCGAGCGGUGUCGCGAACUCGGCGCUCAAUUGCUCCUCGACAUCACGUCGGUGCUGCCUCUCUCCGACGACGUAGUGGCUCUGAUCGUGCCGGCGCUGCGCCGACGUCUGCUCGCUGGCAGUGAGCCGGUCACGAGCUGCGCGGGAGAAGUGGCCGAGGAAGUGCGCCUUCUCGAAGCUCAGGCUCUUACGCGGACGGUCAUGGGCGCUGGGUCGAGGUGCGCGUCUCACCUGAACGACAUCGUCAUAACGCUGUGCGCCUGUCUCGUGGACCCAUUCGUGGAAGUGAAAAAGGAAGCGUGCCGCUGUGCCGUUCAGUUGGAAAAGGCCGUACCCAAUCACUUUCACCUGCAGUGCGACUCCAUGCUACCUGCGCUCGUUCAAGCACUGCGGCAUCAGCACUCGGCGCUGCGGACCCUUGCGGUGCAAGCGUUAGGCCCCAUUCUUGAGCAGAAUGACUGCAACUCACUCACGCCUACAGUCAUCUCAUCAGUGGCAGAGCUUCUCGACGAUCGCUCUCCUGCCGUCCGGAUAGCUCUGGCCACAGCAGCGGCUAGAUGGGUGGCUAAGACUUUUGGACCGGUGGCUCUGCCCAUUGUGCUUAUAGCACUUACAGAUCCUGUUGAAAGUGUUAGUGCCAAAGCAAGUGACCUCUGGAAUGCAGUCGGAAAACUGUAUGCAACUGAUCAGUCAUUGAGGCCUGCUGUUGAGAGUGAGGGCUGUCGACUUCUGGUUCAGAAGCACCUUCCAUACCUUGUGGGCGUGACGCACGACUCUUUACAAGGCUGGCGGCUGGAAGAGCAGCUGCGCGCAGCUAAGCUUCUGUGCGAAGCGUUCCGACACGCCGGGGCACAUGCAUCAACUCACCUGUGCUCAUUGUUGCCCACCCUCACAACUGUGCUCUGCCGGGAUGAACAGGAUCUCAGGCACUGGCUCACAAAGAGCCUGGAAACAUGUGCUCGGUGGGUGGACCCCGAGAGCUGGCUGGAAGCUGUGUCGGUUCCCUUUUCAACAGGCGCGCUGCAUGCCUUGGCUGCGCUCGUACGACCCUGCCCGCCCGACCGGCUGAGGCCUUACGCACAGCAGCUUUUCCCCAUCCUGUUUGAGUACUCGGGUGCUGCGGCUGAUACAAGGAGCCAACUUGAGGUGCUGGGAAUCAUGGACGCUCUGCUGUCAUGUGUAUGUGACCCCAUGGACCUGUCAGUGAAAGAGCUGCUGUCCUGCUGCUUGAGUAUCCAGGCCUGCUCUUCUCAGGACGAAUGCGUUGCUGAAAAGGUGUCGAUGCUGCUGAGGCAGCUUGCGGACAUGCUCAACCUCCCCUGUGUGGAAGACAUGUGCGUCGGCUACGGCAAGGACAUGAUCCAGGACCUGUCAGAAAACCGGCCACACACCAAGACGACACAGUGGGAUGCCGUGCGGGAGCUCGUCUCACUUGCAGGUCCGCAGAGUGGAGACCUGGUUCCUUCGCUCGUCGCGCUGCUCAACGCAGUCCAGCGGCGCCCUGAGUGGCAGCCGCAGGCAGCGACGGUGCUCCAACAGGCACUGUCCGUUGGGCGGAUGCCCCCUCAGUGCACCAAUGCAGCGCUGCAGGCCCUCCUUCCACUGCUGACUGCUGCGGGACGACCAGCUGUUCCGGCACGGACCGCUGGGCUGCGAUGCCUCCUCCAGCUCCUGGAGUGCAUACCGUCCCUGCAGGUGUCGGGCGAGGUGGUGACAGCCGUGCUGGGCCUGCUGGAGGAUAGCCAGCCACAGGUGCGCAUGCUAGCGUGCAGAGCAGCUGCAGCAGUGCGUCCCCGAGCAGCUGGCGUGCGGGCCCUGGCAGCACGGCUCGAGGACGACUCGCGCCAGGUGCGCAUGGCCGCUGCCCGGGCCCUCGAGAACCUCGCCCUGGAUGGCCUCGAAGAGGCGCUCGACGCACUCGCCCUGCACGCCACCAGUGCCGGCAACGACUCAGCAACAGGGAGGUGGCGGAGGACGGGAGAGCGCCGCUUCCUAUCAUGAAGCUGUCAGCCGAUUCUCCGACACAAGUUCGCAGCUGGAAAUGGAGGAAGGUUUGCCCGGCUGAGCAAGCAUGUUUCCAAACUUUCUUGAAGAAGCACGUCGUGCUACAUUGCAACCACGUCCGCAACUUACAUCAAAACUAUCGUUUGCCCCCAUUUCAUCCACCUCUCAACUACCGCUAUUGAAAAAAAUAUAUAUACAUAAGGAAAUUGUUUGUUCCAGUCAGACUGAUGUCACAACAGAAGCCCCCUUUAUUUUUAAUUCUCACGCUUCGGCAGAUGUACAUAUUCCUACAUCGUAUGGUGCUUUCGUUUUGUUCCUGGUGUCGUGGCAUUGCUUUGUGAACUCAAGACUUCCAGAAGUUCCCAGUUAAGUCCGUUGCUUGAGUUAAUGAGAGAGAGAAUAUGUGUUUAAUGUUGCUGCCAAAAUCCGGUAUUUCCAGCAUCCAUUCAAGCUGUCAGCAAUUUCAUUACAUGUGCAUUGUACAACUCCCAGAGUUUCUUGAACUGUCUCGAUUUCGGCUGUUUGCUAGUGACCUCUGAAAGAUGACUGUGUUUGCAAGGUUGAUGGUAUCUCCGUCGUCUGCUUAUAAAAGUGCUCCGCAGCGGAAGUUGGUGCAAACAACGCACAUAAUACUGAUCGUGAUACGUAAUCAGUAUGGUUCUUAACUCACUGCUCUCUGUUAUGGGUACAGAAGAAAGCACAAAUGGACUGGUAGUCACCACGGCCUGAGUAUACUCAUGAAUGAUGUUCAUUAGGUUCUACAGGGAAUGAACUGAGAGCAGCUCGGUCAAAAAUGAGUGCAGUGUUCACCUGCAGUUAGGAACUGUGAGUGGCAUGCUAGGUUAGGUUAGGCAUUAGAGAUACUGCUGGCCUCCACAAUGUUAACAGUUGCUGUUAAACAUAGGCAGUGUCCAGAAGCAGCAGCCAUGGUGCAUUCUGUAUACAAGGUGCACCAAUAUGAAUGGGAACACCCCAAUUUGUGUUCCAGACUGUUAAAGGUCCUUGCCGUUUUUGUGGCAAAAUGAGAAGGUGCCAUGAAACACCUAGUUGAAUGAGGUGUUAUUGGCAUGCACCUGCAAGUGGUAUUCCAGCUCUUGCUUCUGCAGUACCUGUUCACCGAGUAUUGAUUAGACGUUCCAUUUCAUAUCUACGGCCCCUGUACAUAAACAGCUCGACCCCAAUAGCACAGAAGAUACCUUUCACCUAUAGACUUCUCUUCUGGUGUCAGUUCCCUUUGAUGCAUCUUGUAUUUGGUCUCCCGUGCCAGUCCACUUUAGCUCAAGCCUAUUCAAAGCUGUUGGGAGUUGCAAAGGAAACAGACCUUGCUGGUUCAUAAACAUAGCAGUUAUAGUAGUACUCUGUAGUUCACUGUUUAAAGGGAAAACAUGAGUCAAGAGCACCAACGAAUUUUUGCUUCUGCCAAGUGUUCAAUCGCAAUGCUUUGCAACAGAUUAGUUCUGGUUGGUGACACUGGCACCUACUACACACCUUUCCAUUGCAUUGGCAUAGCUUCAACUGGCACUUGCAGAUGAGGGUCUGAAAAGUGAGAGCCGCACAUUGGAAUGUUCCCUUUAGCAGUGGACCACACUGAAAGUCCGUUAUGCUCGGACUUAGUACUUGGAAAGUCUGGUCAGUUUGGUUCCCUGUAGAGGCCGUCCCUGGUAAUGCUGUGAAGUCAAUCGCUCCAGCAUUGAGCCUACUGUCUGUAGAGUAGAAGGCUGAUCCAUUGAUUCAUGCCACACAGUCCAUUGCAACACUGUGAACAAUCGGGGCAGUGCUCAAUGCAGUCUGCAAUGUUAGAUUAGUGCAAUGCAGUAAAUAUGUGCCAAGUUAACUCAUUAGUCGUGCAGGAUUAUCGCCUGCAGUAAACAUCAAUUCACUGCAUUCAGAGGACUGAGGAUUAGCCAGUCAGGCUUUUAUCUUAGUGCAAUCCUUAACAGUGAAAUCUCGCUGAUACAAUUCUUCAUAAUACGUUUUUCGUUAUAAUACGUUUCUUUUUCUUCUUUCGAUAAUAUACGAUUUGGUCGGAUAUUGUUGGAUGAUACGAUUUUCAGAUGAUACGCUUUAUUUUCCAGUACCCGUGACGAUUGUAUCAACGAGAUUACACUGUACUAGUCGCAGAGUGUAACAGCAGUCUGCAGCGAAAUGUUGGCAAUAAAGAGAAGUGUUUAAAAAAUCUCGA